AUGGUAUUGAAGUGCGCAUGCGUGCAGUGUGAAACGAGCACAAGGGAAAGAUUGGUGUUAGCAGUGGGAUAAUAUGGAUUCCCAAAAAGAUAUACAGCCACCUAAACAGCAGCCUAUGAUUUACAUUUGUGGAGAAUGCCACACUGAAAAUGAAAUCAAGGCCCGGGAUCCCAUCAGAUGCAGAGAGUGUGGUUACAGAAUAAUGUACAAGAAGAGGACAAAAAGAUUGGUUGUGUUUGAUGCCCGGUGAACUCCCCCGCCCUGUGAACCUGCUUAGAGGAAUACAGCCCUGCUCACUCAUGUUUUGAUCUGCCAGUUUGUCAGCAUGUAAAUUAUUUUGUACCUUCAGAGUAAUAGUAGUAAAAUAAAACGACCAUCUAGAAAUUCAUUAAA